UUCCUCAUUCCUUAAACCCUAAACAUCUAAAAUUCUCUGAACCUUCACACAGCUCACAAAAAUGGAGGUCGAAGGCAAAGGAGGAGAAUCUGGAACCACCACCACCACCACCGCACCCCGGAGAUUCGCACUUCCGGUGGAUGCCGAGAACAAAUCCACAACUUUCCGACUAUUCUCACUCGCUAAACCUCACAUGAGAGCUUUCCAUCUCUCAUGGUUUCAAUUCUUUUGCUGCUUCGUCUCCACUUUCGCAGCUCCACCUCUCCUCCCUGUCAUCCGUGAAAACCUUAACCUCACCGCCACCGACAUCGGAAACGCCGGAAUCGCCUCUGUUUCCGGCUCUGUUUUCGCUCGUAUCGUCAUGGGCACGGCGUGUGAUCUCUUCGGUCCACGUCUCGCCUCCGCCGCUUUAACCCUCUCCACCGCUCCCGCCGUCUAUUUCACCUCCGGGAUAAAGUCUCCGAUAGGGUUUAUCAUGGUGAGAUUCUUCGCAGGAUUCUCUCUCGCCACUUUUGUUUCGACGCAGUUCUGGAUGAGCUCUAUGUUCUCUGGACCCGUCGUUGGGUCGGCUAACGGAAUCGCCGCCGGGUGGGGUAACCUCGGAGGAGGUGCGACGCAGCUGAUCAUGCCCAUCGUGUUCACGUUGAUUCGGAAUAUGGGAGCCACCAAGUUCACGGCGUGGAGGAUCGCUUUCUUCAUCCCUGGCCUCUUUCAGACUCUCUCUGCUUUCGCCGUUCUCUUGUUCGGUCAGGAUCUUCCUGAUGGAGAUUAUUGGGCUAUGCAUAAAUCUGGAGAGAAGGAGAAAGAUGAUGUGGGGAAAGUGAUCCAUAAUGGAGUCAGAAACUAUAGGGGAUGGAUAACAGCAUUAGCAUAUGGCUAUUGUUUUGGAGUAGAGCUUACGAUUGACAACAUCAUCGCAGAAUAUUUCUUCGAUAGGUUCCAUUUAAAGCUUCAGACAGCUGGGAUUAUAGCAGCGAGUUUUGGACUGGCCAAUUUUUUUGCUAGACCUGGAGGAGGAAUUUUCUCUGAUCUAAUGGCUAGACGUUUUGGCAUGAGAGGAAGGUUGUGGGCUUGGUGGAUUGUGCAAACACUAGGAGGUGUGUUAUGCGCAUUUCUUGGCAUGAUUUCUUCUUUGACAUGGUCUAUAGUUGUUAUGCUCAUCUUCUCUGUCUUCGUCCAAGCCGCUUGUGGACUUACCUUUGGCGUUGUUCCUUUUAUUUCCAGAAGAUCUCUUGGGGUGAUAUCGGGAAUGACUGGUGCGGGAGGCAACGUAGGUGCGGUCUUAACGCAGUUGAUAUUCUUCAAAGGAUCCACAUACUCGAGAGAGACGGGUAUAACUCUAAUGGGGAUUAUGUCAAUCGCAUGUACGUUACCAAUAUGUUUGAUUUACUUUCCGCAAUGGGGAGGUAUGUUUUGUGGACCCUCUUCCAAAAAUGUAACUGAAGAAGACUAUUAUCUCUCCGAAUGGAACUCCGAAGAGAGAGAGAAGAACUUACAUCUUGCAAGCCAAAAAUUCGCGGAAACCAGCGUUAGCGAAAGAGGUCGAGCCACAACUCAUCCCCAAACUUGAUAAAGUCAUGGGUUUUUGUUUGUUUGUUUAUAUGUAUUGACUGUUGAGUAUGUUUUUGUCUUCUUCUCUUUUGCUUUUCUUAAGAGUUUUCAAGAACUCAAUUUCUUGAUUUU